UUUUGAUCUUCAGUCCAACCGCUUUGGGGACGAUCUCAGCUCCCCAGAGUCCAACAUGCUUUCGCCCCAGAUCAACACUUCGUUCUUCAGCCCGAUGGGUGAGGUUGCCCCUCCGGGCACUGUCUCGCCGAAGGAUCUGUUCUUCGAUGCUUCGGCUCCCCCGUCGACGACGUUCACUGAUCUCAGCACUCCCCCGCUGGAUACGCCUGGCUUCUUCAGUCAGAACACAUCUCCCAUGAUCAACACCGAGAUGGAUCUGAACGCCGUGCCUGAGGAGUGGGAGUCUCUGUUCCCUCAGGAUGGGUUUUCUCUGGACCUGGACUCGGCUGCCCUUGAGCUUGCUGCUUCGCUUCAGCAGCCCAAGGCGACCGGACCCCCUCCGACUCCAGUGAUCCGUGACAGCGCCUCGCCCGCGCCGUCUGCCUCUCCUGCCCCAUCCCGUCAGGGCACCAAGCACUCCACAGUGGCCGGUGUCAAUGCGCGCCAGCGGAAGCCGUUGCCUCCGAUCAAGUUUGACUCUGCCGACCCCGCCGCCAUGAAGAGGGCCCGCAAUACCGAGGCUGCUCGCAAAUCUCGUGCUCGCAAGCUUGAGCGUCAAGGCGAGAUGGAGCGCCGUAUUGAGGAGCUCGAGCGGAUGCUUGAAGAGUCCAAGCAACGCGAGGAGUACUGGCGAAGCAUGGCCAAGACUGGCACCAACUGAUCUAAAAAGUUUGGGUUUUUCAUUUCGGGUAUGGCAUGGGGUUUUGGUUUUGGUAUCUGUAUUGUGCUCAUUGUGCUAUUCUUAUCCCUAGUGGGCUCUGUGGGCGGGGGCGUCGAGCCUCCUGUCACCACCUGUCGGAAGCAUCAUUCAGUCUCCUGAGUGAUGCUUCCGACAGAUGAAAAGUUUCCUUUUGUUCUUGCGCCAUUUCCUAUGGAGCUUACACAGUGUACUUUUCGGUAGAUCUGCAUCUCUGCAUCUGCUGCUGUGAUUUACUCAUCCCCAGUUAUGUACUGCGGGUCUGUUUUAUGGUUCUUCUGCCUUUUCUGUUUCUAUGGCCGGUUCUGAUGUCUCCCACCUAUCGGGAUUGACUCGUGGCCACUAAUCUCUUUGUUUAUCUCGUGUACUUGACUGAUUCGAGUGCCUUUCAUGUUAUUAUCGUUGCGCUUAUGUACCAGACUGUGAACUAUGGUAUUCUCCAAUUCAA